UUAAAGAACCGGUUCCUACAGCCGAUUCGUUAACGACCCAUAUAACACCGACAUCACUACCUGCUAGCUUGACUGACGGCUAGUAGCUGCUUCCCCCCCCAUAUGACAGCCAUGUAGGCGGACUGUCACUUUGGCUACAGAGAGGCGAUAGAUGCAGAACCGUUGAGGAGCCGACAAGAUGGACGUCGUGCGAAGUGCCUUCCACGCCAAGCUGGCCGCUGUCAUGGACUCCUUGCUGGCAGCUGCGGUGUGCGAGAUCUCCAAGAUCUUCGACAGCACCCUGUGUGAGCAGCAGGCGGAGCUGGCGCAUAAAACCAAGGAGAUCUCCAUCCUCCUGGGAAAGCUGGAGCAUGUGGAGAAGAUGCCGAGGGCGCAAGGAGGGCAGGAUGCUGAGGCUUCGACACAUGAUGGCGUCGACAAAGGGAAGGACGCAUCCUGGCAUUCCGAGCCCAAGAAGGAGUCUCCACUGCGAGAUGCAUCUCAGCCACCGAUGCGGUCUUACAUGGUCCAGGUCCCAGAGGGAAGUUCUGUCAGCAGAGACCAGGAAAAGACGGAUCUCCAGACCGGAAUAAAACUCAAAUUGUCUCCUUGGCGUCAGUGGAGGCCUUUGGUAGAUGACCAACCACAAGAUGGAGCUUCACCUCCAUUUUGUUCCUCACCACAACCCCAUGACCCUUGCCUCGCCCAGCAUGAAUGUUCAACAGUUUUCGGUGAAGCUCAAGGUGGUGCUUGUGAUCUGGAGGAACUGCAGGCUAGCAGCAUCAGCUGUUCUUCUCCAUCUGGAACCGGUACCACCAUAGACACAGCUGGACUCCCAUCUGGGUCCCAGGAGAAGCAGACCUCCAAUCCCAAGUCAGAGUGCAGACUAAGGGUGGAGCAAGCUGAGGCUCAACAGGAUCAGUCGGAGGUUCUCUCAUCACCAUGGAGACCGAGCGAUGACAGCAUGGUUAAUCACAUCAGGCGGACCAUAUUUAGCAGCAGAGACCUCCCGCCCCCACGGUCCAAUUCCCUGUCACCCAAAGCGCGACAAGCACACCCAGCGAGCCUGACUGGAGCGUCCACCGGCGCCAGCGGGCGACCUUACACCUGCCCCUACUGCACCAAAUCCUUCACCUACCCCUCCCACCAACGCAGGCACCUGCUACGCCACACGGGGGUCCGCCUGCAUCCCUGUCAGUUCUGCGAAAAGAGCUUCCUCACCGCUUCCGAGCUCACCGUUCACACUCGCACGCACACCGGCGAGCGCCCGUUCGGUUGCGCGCAGUGCGGCAAGCGCUUCGCCCGCAGCGGCAAUCUGAGAGCUCACCAGCGAGACGUUCACAUGCGGAAGAGGCCCUUCGCUUGUACGGAAUGUGGGAAGAGGUUCGCCCACAGGGGGAAUCUUAGGGUGCACAAUCACAGAGUACACCAAGCGGAUCUGUUCCACAUGGAGGAGCAGCAGGAACAAAGUUUGGGCCCCGUUUGAGGACACCUUUCUUAAAACGCUGGGCUUGCACUUCAUAGAUAUUGUAUAUCAAUUCCCCACGUCUGAGCUUCAAAUUUUAUGCUUGUACUGGUCAUUUGGGUUUUUCACAAAUCUUCAUUUUAAUUAGGCAACCGUUAGCUACUCUUCAUAAAUAAUAUUUUUUAAUUUGGGUAAAAAAAAGGACUAAGUUUUCUCUAUAAUGGCUUCUCUACUGCACUUUUUCAAUGGUUGGUUUUGCAGCAGUGCAGUUCUAGGAAAUAUGUUGGCAUGAAAAUGCAAUUAAAAUAUAUUUACAGCGUUUUACUGUAGUAAUCUACAGAAAAUGUAAACAUGCAUCAGCUGUUUUUUACUGGGUUGGCUAAACUAGGAAGCACAAUACAGUGAAGCACAGUAUACCCGGAAACACUUGCUAUGCUGGACUAUGCUGCUGUAACGCCAUUGGCGCCGCCACCACUAGGUGGCAGCAUUUCCACGUUACACUACCAAAGUCAUUCUUUGUGCUUUUUUGUUGUUGUUGAAGAUACUGUAUUUGAUAAAAUGAUGUCCUCAGCACGUUUUAAUCUGUGACCUAUAUUUUUCUGAUAUUUUCCCCUGAUCCUUGCACAAAUGUGGACGUUUGUCAGCAUUAAAUGUCUCUUGUUGGUGUAGCUGAGAGCAUAUGAAAUGAAAUGAAAUGACAGCGUGUUUGUAUGUGAGUGAAAUUGGUGGAAAAUGUGUUGGAUUGUUGCUCAACAUGAUUCAUCUCCUGCA